UGUCCCCCGACUCCCUCCCUGACUCCAUCUCUCCCUCCGCUCUCUUGCUCCAGACCUGCUGCAUCUCUUCCUUCAGAGCCACCAUGACUCCUGGAGGGUUAUCCCCCGUCAAAUUGGCCACUCCUGAGAUUCAGGCAAUCACUGACCAGGUGAAAUGUCAGCUGGAAGCAAAAGUGAACCAGGCAUUCAACCUCUUUAAGGCUAUUGAGUUCAGGACUCAGGUGGUAGCUGGCACCAACUACUUCAUCAAGGUCAGGGGCCCUUUCCUGGUCCAGUAUGCAGAGGACAAGUAUGCCCACCUCCGCGUGUUCCAGAGCCUUUCAAACGAUGGGGGCAACCUCACGCUCCAUGGUUACCAGCUGAACCACACCAGGACGGACCCCAUCACUUCCUUCUAGCAGCAGUGCAGAGCUCAGAAGCCUUAGGAAUUCAAUAAAACUCCCUCAAUAAAAAGGAGGUCUUGGAAAGAG